AUGCCUCCCAAGAAGAAGGGAAACAAGGCUCGCGCCAACGACGACUGGGAGAAUGAGCUUGGCGAGACCGUUGCCCCCGCCGCCGCCACCCCAGAGGCUGAUGCCGAAAAGCCAGCCGAGGAGGAGGAUGAAGCCCCCGGCGGUCUCAUGGCCACCAUGCGCAAGAACAGAGAGAAGAGAAAGAAGAAGGGCAUCGAGGAGCCCCCCGCCGCACCCGAGCCCGAGCCCGAACCUUCGCCCAGUCUCGCUGAGAAGGCCCCUCAGGAAGCCACCAUGGAGGACGAGUUCGCCCUGCCCGAGAAGAAGGGUAAAGGUGGUAAGGGCAAGCAGGCCGCCGCCGCCGCAUCCCCCGCUGCCGACGAUGAGGGGGAUGGUUCCGGCCGCGUCUUGACCAAGGCCGAGAAGGAGAAGUUGAAGAAGGAGAGGGAGAAGCAGCGCAAGAAGGAGCAGGCUGCGAAGAAGAAGGGCACCACCCCUGCCGCAAAGACGGAACCUGCCAAAGCAGCUCCCGAGAAGAAGGACUCCCCGACGCCCGCCGCUUCUGCCGUCGCUCCCCCACCCGCUGAGGAGAAGGGUGGUAAGAAGAAGAAGGUUCCUGCUGCCCUUGCUGCACUCCAGAAGCAGCAGGAGGAGCUCCGCCGCCAGCAAGAAGAGCAGGCUCGCAUGGCCGAGGAGGAGAAGAAGAGAAUCGAGGAGGAGGAGCGCGCCAUGGAAGAGGAGAACAAGCGCAGAGAGGAGGCCAAGGCUCUGAAGAAGCAGAAGGAGAAGGAGAAGAUUGAACAGCUCAAGAAGGAGGGCAAGUUCUUGACCAAGGCCCAAAAGGAGGAGAAGGCUCGCAACGAGCGUAAGCUCCAGCAGAUGCUUGCUGCCGGUAUCAAGGUCGGUCCCGCCGACGAGGCCGAUGGCGACAAGAAGAAGAAGGUCGUCUACGACAACAAGAAGAAGGGAGGCCGCAAGGCGCAAGACAAGAUCGAUGAAGAGAAGGCCCUUGCCGAGGCUGCCGAGCGCGCCAGGAAGGAGGCCGAGCGUCUCCACAAGGAGGCGGAGGAGAAGGCAGUCAAGGAAAAGGCCGAGGCCGAAGCUGCUGCCGCCAAGAAGAAGGCCGCUGAAGCCAGCGACCUGGAGGACGACUGGGAGGCUGCCGCCGCCUCCGAGGAGGAGGACGUCAAGGACAGCUGGGACGCCGACAGCGACGAAGAGCAAGAGAAGAAGAAGGCUGCCAACGGCAAGCCCGAGAAGCCCGCCCGGAAGGGCGAUGAGGACGAGGACGAGGAGGACGACUCCGAAUCCGACUCCGAAUCCGACGACUCUGAAGAAGAUGAGAAGGAGACGGCGGCUCGCCAAGCCGAGCUUCAACGCAAGAGGGAGGCCGCAGAGCGUCGCGAGAAGGCUCACCAGGCCGCGCUGGCAGCGAGAUCCAAGGACAACCUCCGAUCGCCCAUUUGCUGUAUUCUGGGCCACGUCGAUACCGGAAAGACCAAGCUUCUGGACAAGAUCCGUCAAACCAACGUGCAAGAGGGCGAAGCCGGUGGUAUUACUCAACAGAUUGGUGCUACCUACUUCCCUGUCGAGGCUAUCAGGCAGAAGACGGCCGUUGUCAACACUGACGGCUCGUUUGAGUUCAAGGUCCCAGGUCUGUUGGUCAUCGAUACCCCUGGUCACGAGUCUUUCUCCAACUUGCGUUCUCGUGGUUCGUCACUCUGCAACAUCGCCAUUCUUGUUGUCGAUAUCAUGCACGGCCUCGAGCCGCAGACCUUGGAGUCGAUGAGAAUGCUCCGUGAGAGGAAGACUCCCUUCGUUGUUGCUCUCAACAAAAUCGAUCGUCUGUACGGCUGGAAGAAGGUCGACAACAACGGUUUCCAGGAGAGUUUGGCCCUGCAGCCCAGAGGUGUCCAGAACGAGUUCAAGAACCGUCUGGAGCAGACCAAGCUUGCCUUUGCCGAGCAGGGCUUCAACGCCGAGCUUUUCUACGAGAACAAGUCCAUGGCGAAGAACGUUUCCCUCAUCCCCACCUCCGCCCACACUGGUGAGGGUAUCCCCGACAUGCUGAAGCUCAUCAUCCAGCUCACCCAGGAGCGCAUGGUCGGAUCCCUCAUGUACCUUUCCGAGGUCCAGGCUACCGUUCUCGAGGUCAAGGCCAUCGAGGGUUUCGGCAUGACCGUCGACGUUGUCUUGUCGAACGGUAUCCUGCGUGAGGGUGACAGGAUCGUCUUGUGUGGUGUGGAAGGUGCCAUCUGCACAAACAUCCGUGCCUUGUUGACGCCGGCGCCGAUGCGUGAACUGCGUCUCAAGUCGGCGUAUGUACACAACAAGGAGGUCAAGGCCGCCUUGGGUGUCAAGAUCAGUGCCCCUGGUCUUGAGGGUGCCAUUGCCGGUUCUCGUAUGAUGGUUGUUGGCCCUGACGAUGACGAGGACGACAUCAUCGACGAGGUCGAGUCUGAUCUCGCCACCCUGUUCAGCCGUGUCGAGAAGACUGGCCGUGGUACCAACCCCAUCGUUGUCGGUGUCGACGUCGUUGAGGGUCAGCUGAAGAUCAACACGCCUAUUGCUGUUGUCAAGAAUAACGCCGUUACCGGUUUGAAGGAAGUCAUCAACCUGGGCAGAGUUACUUCAAUCGAGCGUGACCACAAGCAGGUCCCCGUCUGCAAAAAGGGCCAGCCUUCGGUCGCCGUCAAGAUCGAGAUGGGUGGCCACCAGCCAACCUACGGCCGCCAGCUCGAGGAGUCGGAUACGCUGUACAGUCUGAUCUCGCGUGCCUCCAUCGACACGCUCAAGGAGUUCUACCGCAAGGACGUCAGCAACGACGAGUGGCAGCUCAUCAUCAAGCUCAAGCCCCUCUUCGACAUCCACUAA